AUGCCACACGUAUCAGCCGCGUCUCCUGGGAGCCAGCAUCCCCCUUCGACCCAAAGCCAAAGGCCCGCCGCCCAGCAGCCACCUAGUACCCAGGCAUUGGCAGACCUCCUGGACCUAUUGAGCUCAAUUUCUUCAAGUCCCAGCUAUCAGGUUGCAGAGCAAAUCUUUAACGAGGCCGCUAGUCUUCGAAGUAAGCUACAAUCCAAAGAGAAGGAGCUGGAACAAAUCAGAAACGAAAUGUCGAAGCAGGUUAUAGCGAAGCAAAUUGCUAUCGACGAAAUGUUUGAGGCAAAUGAGGUCCAGAAGUCAAAGCGAAAAGAGGCUACGUCGGAGAUAGAGUCCCUUAAGAGGCUGGUUCAGGAGGGAAGGGACGCUCUCUCUUUCAAGCAGCGAGAGAUCAGCGACUUCGAGGGCCGAUAUAAAAAGCUUCAGUCGGCCCAUAACGAAUUACAGUCCGACUUGAAGACGGCCCAACAUGAUAUUGAUGGCCUGCAGCACAUGGUCAGAGAAAAAAAUGCCCUCAUGGAUAAGAUGAAGCUUUCUUAUUCGGAGAUCCAGAAACGCUUGAAUGCAGUGGAAGAAAGGGCUAAAGAGAUGGAGAAUGAGAAGUCUGCGUUAAGCAAAUCACUGGAGGCAACAAAAGUUCGCCUGAACAAGAUCGAGGGCUAUACAACCCAGCAUUCUGACUGCGACGAAGAUUCCGUGACAGAUGCCUUUAUCGAUCUAUGGCAAUAUGCCACCACUGAGACCUAUCCGCACCUGAGUAAAGACCUCUCUGAGGAGAUUCUGCAAAAUCGCUCAAUCUGA